AUGGCACUCAUCAACUCAGACCCGAUUAGCGCUCUUCAGUGGGCGCUGGAGAACCUCUCACCUGCUGAAGUUCAAGUCAGAGAAAGCUUCCAGAAAUUCUUAAAGCGGGGGACUGUCUCACAACUACGGCAGCUGCUAAGAGAAGCCCAAGAACUCAGCACGCCGCCAGCCUGUCCAGAUGCACAGCAUAGCUUUGAUUUUGUGGCACUUGAUCCAAUAACAACUCGCGCAGCUGUGAAAAACGGAGGCUCAACAGGCUUCAAAGGAAGGCGGCGGGCUUCAAAUCGACUCUGCCGCCCAAACACUUACCCCCAGGCUUACCCAGUAACAGAGAGACUGAGUGAGUUGAGCAUACCAGUGCUAGCUCCGUCCAACACAGCAGCAUUCUCCCCAGAUCCAUCACAUUCGGAUUCUAUGUUCUCACCCUCUAGUCAGGGAUAUGGCGACAUUGAUGCAUUGGGAAGCGCAAGUCCUAACAGUUCUCCACUAUUAUUUCCACUCUCGUCCUGUCUACCACCUAUGUACUCAUCACCAGAAUCAGUGGCAUCUUCAUAUGAUAUUUCAGAACUCUCUUCGUGCGGAAUUCUCCGGCAGGCGAUGGGUUUCUUUGAGGCAAGGCUAGGAACACGCCGCAAUAGAGUACGCUAUCUAGUUCGAGCUAUUCAAGGCUUCCUCGAGGCUCCAAAGUUAGCCCCAGGCUUUGUGCUGGAUAUUUGGAGUUCAAGGUCCGCCAUCUUCACCAAACCACUAACGGCAGGUUGCUCCAAUGCUAGACUCCAAAAUCUAUAUAAAGGUCAUCGGAAAUUGAAACAAGCAAGGGAGCAGUAUUCAUACGCAGCUCGUUUCUGCUAUAUCUACCUGGAGCACGAUCUAGAGGAGCUGUCAAAAUCUCAAUCCCUCGUGCUCUCUCAAGGCAGAGGAAAGAUGACUGCCGCCUUUGAAUUACAGGCGUCGAUUAUAUCGACCAGUGUAGAUGUUGUGAAAGCGGAGCGGAAAGCCGGGAGAGGUUAUCUACAGCUUUUGAUGGAGGGCGGUCCAGGGUAUGUCCUCCGUCUUGGCUGCAACGUAUCUACCAUUUGGGAACGUAAACUGAGUGUUAAGGAUAUUUCACUGAUUGUCGAAUUCCUGAGGACUCAAACCCCGGAGUUGGAUCGCGAGAUCAAAUCACAUGACAAGAGCGCAACAGAAGCUCUUCUUGAUGGCUUCGUCGCUUAUGGUUGGAGCCCAACAGAGAUUCUACUCUCGACUAGUCCCCUAUUUGAACAGCUGAAACAUUACGUUGAUCUGAAGGAUGCCUUCAACCAGGAGACUAGGGAAAAGGUGGCUUCAAAUCAUUCAGGAGCAACGCCUGAAAAUGAUCAUGAAGUAUUGUCACAAUCCUCGGAUGAAUACCCUGCAAUUCCAGGGAUCAUUGACUUUGAGACCUGUGGCAAUGACACAUCUCUUGUAGGAAUACCCCUUACGCCCAGAGAAAGUCUUGCUUAUACGGCUGACUGUCCAGGCUCGGAUCCUAAGAUCAUCAAUGAUGUCAUUGAAAUAUCGGAAACAGAGCUGGCUUCGCUAUUGUCAGCGGAGACGAGGUCAUUUGAUCAUAUAGAUGAAAUGGGUAGUUACCAAGAGGUGGUAGACCCAUUGGCAUGGGGAGGAAUCUUCAACGAGCUUGUUUCAGAAUUUCCAGGGUUGUAUCCGACAUAUAGGAAUUCUGAGAACAAUCUGUAG